AAAGCUCUCUUGCUCUUGCAUCGAGUCGUCUCCUGGCAGUCUCUGAGGGUCUGUGAUCCUGGCCUAACAGGGACCCCUGGGUGGCCUGAAACUUACUAGGCUGCUCUCAAACUUGCAGAGAUCUACCUGCCUCUUCUUUGAGCCCUGAGACCAAAGGCAUGCACCACUACACCCCUGCCUUCUAUUUAUACUUUUGAACUUCAAAGCUCACUGCCUUCCACUGCCAAGCACUGUCCUGCUACUUCCUCAUCACCUAAAAAGUCUUCUGGCCAGACAGUUCCCCAGAGCAACUUCGUCAGGAGUCACAGCAGAUCUUCUGUCACCAUGAAGGCGACCCUCUCAGUUGCUGUCCUUGUUCUAGCCCUCUCAGUGCGGACUUCCUUCGCAGUUGAUUUCCUCCUUCCUAUGAGCUCUCGCAUGACUGAGGAGCUCCUACAAGAGACAAAGGCCUUGUGCAAGGAGAAUGUGAAGAUCUGCUGGAUGCUCUCCUACUACAAGAUCAGUGAGUUUAUAUGUGCCACGGACGAGAACACCUACAAUGGCGAGUGCCACCUCUGCUUCGGAAUUCUAUAUGAAGGCAGAACCAUAAUUAAAAUGCAUGAUGGACAGUGUAAAUAUUCUGGGGAUGUACCUGAACAUAAGUUACCGAGUACUGAGCCCUCAACAGCCAAGGGAAGCAUGAUGACUGACUCUUCAAAGAUACCCAAUUUGGGGGUCUCGGGCUGAAGCUCAGUGUUAGAGUACUUACCUGGCAUGUAUGAAGCCUCAGCUUCAAUUUUCAAUGUUUGGAGGGGGAAAAAAGAAAGAAAAAAAAUAGCUCCUUGAGAAUAACAUUCUACU